AGAGCAUUAUUACAAGCGCCUCAGACUCACUAAUCGUCGAUCGUCAGAAGCACUUGAGAUGAAUCCUCAAGGUUCGUGUCACAGUCCGAUGGAAGAAACGGCACCCCAAGCAUUGCGAUAUGCAGAAGUCCGAGGCUAUCAAGUGCAGGAAAGAAUAGGUCGGGGUGGAUUCUCGACUGUGUUCCGGGCGUACAAGCAUGAGCAGAACGGGUACGGCCAAGUAGCGGCCUGCAAGGUGGUCUCAUUACCAGAUCCUAAGCGGUCCCAGAAUGGAAAACCUGCCGUCGAUCUCAAGGCACUGCAGAAAGAGGUCUCGGUCCACAAAUCGCUCAAGAGCAAGUACAUCCUGGAGUAUAUGGACUCGCUGAUGGUCCAGCAUGGACAUCGGGAUUAUAUACCUGGGCUGUACAUGUUGAUGGAGCUGGCUACGCACGGUGACCUGUUUGACAAGAUUGCACCCGAUGUUGGAGUGGAUUCUGAACUCGCCAAGCUAUAUUUCACACAGCUGAUCUCCGGUCUCGAACACAUACAUUCGAAGGGGAUCUGCCACCGGGAUCUGAAACCGGAGAAUCUGCUGCUAGGAGCGAACGGUGAUUUGAAGAUUUCGGAUUUCGGCCUAUGUGCGGUAUGGAAACAUCAGGGCAAGACGAGGCUGUUGACGGGACGAUGUGGAAGUUUGCCUUACGUUGCACCAGAGUUGAACUCAACAGGAGGGUAUCACGCAGAGCCGAUCGAUAUAUGGGGAGCUGGGGUAGUGCUAUUCACUCUGUUGGCUGGUAACACUCCUUGGGACGAGCCAUCGACGGCUAGUCCGGAAUACAAGGCGUACUUGACAGGAGAGUUGCUGCAGUACGAUCCCUGGAAUAACAUCCCGCAAGAUGCGCUUGCGCUGUUAUUGGCUUGUCUCGACGUGGAUCCCGCCAAGCGGAUAACAAUUCCACAAAUCAAGACGCAUCGAUGGUUGAUGUCACCAAGUCAGAUCAGCCGACAGAACAUUCCUUUCGAAUUGACCAAGGGUUUACGUCGUGCUGGUAUGAUGGACGUGGCGGAACCUCAGCGGUCUCAGAUCCCAUACCGAGGCCAAGGAGGAGAUGCUUACGCAAGUCAGCUCAGCCAAAUGGAUUCCCAAUUCAUGCAGGCCACCGGACUAUCAAGCACCUUGGGUGGAUCUACUGUCAUGUACAACACCUUGUCCCGAUUCCGACUGGUGGUCCCUAUCGAGCAGACGAUCCAAGCUGUCGUCCAAGUUUUACUGGAACUCCUCGGUCCGGAUCACGUGAGGGAAUCGAACGCGGUGGUACAGGUUUCGCUGCUGGAUAACAGAAGACAACCCUUGAGAGGAGACGUCAAGUUCCGGGAUGAUCCCAGGUGGCCAGGCGAGGUGACGCUAGUAGAGCUCAUCAGGAGCAAGGGAGACCCAUUGGAAUGGAAACGGUUCUGGUGGAAACUUGUGAAAGCAGCAGGACUACGGGAGAUGAUCGUCAAGUCGGACGGCACUUCGUUAGGUUCUUGAUGGAUUUCGAUGGAUUUUAGCAGAUACAGGAGAACUGUUCACGUGUGAAAACCAAAAGAACAUGCAAUUUGAUAGAUACAAAGGG